AUGUCCGCCGCCGUCGCUCCUUUUCCCCCCUUUCAUGAAGGGAAUAUAAAGAACUGGUUCCUGCAAAUGGAAGCUAUCUUUACAGUCAGAAGGAUUACAGACCAAAAAUCUAAGUUUGGCCACGUGGUGGCGGUUUUGCCACCCGCCAUUGUUGAUGAGGUCUCAGACUUCCUAGAAGCCGUUCCUGAAGUAGAACCCUACGCCCGGUUAAAAGAAGCGAUCUUAAGGAGAAUGGGCCCUUGUGGCUGGACCGUCUCCCCACCACCAUUACCCAAAUUUUGGCGCCAAUGUCCGAAAAACACCUCGAUCGAUCAAUUAGCGGACGCCGCUGAUCGUAUUUUCUCGCAACUGGAUAAUCAGACAAUGCCAGUACACAGUGCUGAAGCGACUAGGGACCACAGCUCCUUGGAAAAAACAGUCGAGGAUUUGCAGCGCCAAGUUAAAGAUUUAACGUUAGCUAUAGAAAGCCAUGGUCGAAGCCGGUUCCCCUCCCGCCGGCGCUUCAGAAGUCGACCACGCUCGUCAAGUCGGAACAAGGAUGCCACUCCUACUAUGUGUUACUACCACCGACGAUUUGGGUCUGCAGCACACUACUGCACCAAGCCGUGUUCCUAUACUGCGGUCGCGGGAAAACAAAACCGCCAGCGAGUGAAAGCGACUAAUCUCGCUGGCAAGGCAUUUUCACCAAAACUUAGUCGCCUCUUCUAUGUGACGGAUACACGUAAUAAUUUACGUUUUUUGGUUGACACCGGCGCUGCCAUUAGUGUCUUACCCGUGCGUGAUAAAGCACGUAAACAACCUUUUCAGCUCCGCUUACAAGCAGCAAAUGGUUCCAGUAUUAAUACUUACGGUACGAAGUCCCUUACCCUAAACAUAGGGAUGCGACGAGACUUUACUUGGAAUUUUACUGUUGCUGACGUCCAGAUGCCGAUAUUAGGUGCAGAUUUCCUGGCGCACUAUGAUCUCGCCGUGCGAAUGAACAACCAUUCCCUGACUGACAACUUAACAAGACUGUGUGUUCUUGGCACUUAUUCUAAAUUUACUACCACUGGCAUCACCGUGGCAACGUGCCACAAUAAAGAGUACUUAGACUUAUUGAAUCAGUACCAGGACCUCCUGCGUCCUGCUGGAUCUAUUGAUUCAACUAAACAUCAAACACAGCACUUUAUUAAGACCACUGGUCAACCUGUUUUUUCCCGUCCUCGUCGUCUAGCACCUAACAAAUUAAAAUUCGCAAAGAAAGCUUUCGACGACAUGCUACGAGAGGGUGUUAUUCGUCCGUCCGACAGUCCCUACGCUUCCCCUCUUCAUUUGGACUUACGCCUUAAAAUGGCAAACUUAUGCUAUACACCACCGCGGCACUGCCCGAGUGAUAUCUAUCUACCGCACCAGCUCAAGGACUGCGAAUUUGUAUUUGUACGUAAUGACUCUGUUAAGCGGCCUCUUACGCCGGCCUACACAGGCCCAUACCGCGUUCUUAAACGCGCGGACAAAUAUUUCCAAAUACAAAAGAGAAAACCGUCGUCUCAUACUACUUCCCAAUCAACUCCGCAAGUUCAGGAGAAUUUCAAGACACCUGUCUCUCUCGACAAACCUAAUAAUUUGUUUGGCCUGCGUAUCUCUCUCUCUCUCUCUCUCUCUCUUUCGCGUGUGUGCGUCUCUCUCUCUCUCUCUUUCGCGUGUGUGCGUCUCUCUCUCUCUCUCUCUUUCGCGUGUGUGCGUCUCUCUCUCUCUCACUUUCGCUCUACCUCACUCUUUGUCUUCUCCUUUCUCCACUCUUUCUUCCUUUCUCCACUCUUUCCUCCCUUCUUCUUCUUCUUCUUUCCUCCCUUCUUCUUCUUCUUCUUCUUUCCUCCCUUCUUCUUCUUCUUCUUCUUCUUUCCUCCCUUCUUCUUCUUCUUCUUUCCUCCCUUCUUCUUCUUUCCUCCCUUCUUCUUCUUUCCUCCCUUCUUCUUCUUUCCUCCCUUCUUCUUCUUUCCUCCCUUCUUCUUCUUCUUUACACUUUUUUCAUCACUUUGUCUUUUUUUUGAAGCUUUUUCUUGGCCGUCGUCUUCCUCCUUGCUCUCUCUCUCUCUCUCUCUCUUUCGUCCGCCUCCUUCUUCCUCGCUCUCUCUCUCUCUCUCUCUCUCUCGUCGGCCGCCUUCUUCCUCUUUUUCUCCUUCUUCCUCUUUUUCUCCUCCUUCAUUACUACCUUUCCCAGAAUAUUUUUUCUCAUUAUUUUCCUUCUACUCUUUUCUUUUCCUCCUUUUUUGUUUUCAGUUUUUUCUUCCUUUCUUGUUUUUUCUUUUGAUUUUUUUUUUAUUUUAUCUUGAUCUUUUUCCUUCUUUCUUCUCUUCUUGCUUUUUUUUCUUUUCAUGUUUUCCUCUUGUUUUUCUUUUCUUUUCUUCGUUUUUCUUUUCUUCGUUUUUUUCUUCGUUUUUCUUUUCUUCGUUUUUUUCUUCGUUUUUCUUUUCUUCGUUUUUUUCUUCGUUUUUCUUUUCUUCGUUUUUUUCUUCGUUUUUCUUUUCUUCGUUUUUUUCUUCGUUUUUCUUUUCGUUUCUUGUUUCUUCAUCGUUUUUCGUUUCUUCAUCGUUUUUCGUUUCCUUGUUUUUUCGUUUCCUCUUAAAUAGUCGUGCGGAGAUAGGAACACUGCCUCUGAGGUGCGUCUGCCUCUUUGGUCCUUCUUUGCCUUUUGAACUCUGUCACACACUCAUGUACACGCAACUUGCCCUCUCAGUCCGUCGUGUAGACGCAACUAUUUUUCUCAGUCCGUCGUGUAUUUUACGCAAUUUCUCAAUCCGUCGUGCAUUUUCAAUUUUGAAACUCAGUCCGUCGUGUAGACGCAACUUGCCCUCUCAGUCCGUCGUAGACGCAACUUGCCCUCUCAGUCCGUCGUUUACGCAACUUGCCCUCUCAGUCCGUCGUUUUGGACGCAAAUUCUCAGUCCGUCGUAGACGAAGGCCCUCUCAAAUAUGCGCAAAUCCCUCAGUCCGUCGUUUUGACGCAACUUGCCCUCUCAGUCCGUCGUGUAGACGCAACUUGCCCUCUCAGUCCGUCACGCAACUUGCCCUCUCAGUCCGUCGUGUAGACGCAACUUGCCCUCUCAGUCCGUCGUGUAGACGCAACUUGUCCUCUCAGUCCGUCGUAGACGCAACCAAAAAAAGAGUCCGUCGUUUUGUAGACGCAACUUGCCCUCUCAGUCCGUCGUGUAGACGCAACUUGCCCUCUCAGUCCGUCGUGUAG